GAUACGGAAAUCCAGGUGGAUUCAGCACAUUAAUCAUCUUGUUUUCUUGCACUUCUUUCUUCAAUUCGAGUAACAUGGCAGGGACAUCGCGGCAUGACCGAGAAAUGGCAAUCAAUGCCAAAAAGAAACUGGCAGAGUGUUCAGACCCCAUUGAGCGCCUGAGGCUGCAGUGUUUGGCACGAGGAUCAGCAGGAAUCAAAGGACUGGGCAGGACUUUCAGGAUCAUGGACGAUGACAACAGUCGCACACUUGACAUGAAAGAAUUUCUGAAAGGCCUGAAUGACUAUGGUGUGCUCAUUGAAAAAGAGGAGGCAAUGAAACUUUUUCAGCAAUUUGACAGGGACGGCAGUGGAGUCAUUGACUUUGACGAGUUUCUUAUCACACUAAGGCCACCGAUGUCUAAUGCUAGAAAGGAGGUGGUGUUACAGGCAUUUAAAAAGCUGGAUAAGACAGGAGAUGGUGUGAUUACAGUUGAGGAUCUGAGAGGUGUAUACAGUGCCAAAAAUCACCCCAAAUAUCAGAAUGGCGAAUGGAGCGAAGAGCAAGUAUUCCGCAAAUUCCUGGACAGUUUUGACUCUCCAGAUGACAAGGAUGGGAAGGUCACAAAAGAGGAGUUUAUGAAUUACUACUCUGGUGUGAGUGCCUCCAUUGACACAGACGUCUACUUUAUAAUAAUGAUGAAAAAUGCUUGGAAGCUUGACUAACCUUCUGAAACAUCUUUUUUAGGGUGACAAAAGAUGAAUUUUGGAACUACUAUAGUGGAGUCAGCGCCUCCAUCGAUAGCGAUGUGUAUUUUAUUUUAAUGAUGAAGAAUGCAUGGAGGCUAUGAGUGAUUAUGCUUUUAAACGGGU